AUGGCGGACCCAGACCCCAGCCCGGAGCUCAAGGGGCCGACUGUGGCCGCUUGUGCCAACGAGUGCCUGGAAUCAUUCCAACAAUGCCUUAUCAGCGCGUCUUCAGUCCAUCCACGGGAGGCCUCGAUGGUGGAAGAUCAAGUUGCGAGGUUCUCCAGCUGGGCUUCUAACAUUGGCGUAUUCGCCCCGGGGUCAGCUUCCAUGGAUCAUCGCCUGCGAUAUGCCUCUGAAGUCCAGAGUGUCGUGACUGGUUUGCUAGAAUCCCUGAACUACCGUGUUCAGACCUCAGAUGCCUCCACAACAGCAAACGAUCGGCUGGGGCAAUCAUUUCUUGAUAUCGCCGCCGAGAUCACUCGUCUCAACAAGAUCUCCAACACAAUCCGCCGAGCCAGCAAGGAUACUCAAGUACUAAAGGCAAGCAAUUUUCAAAUCAAAGACGACGAGGGCGAAAACGCCGAGCCACUCCUACUCAGCCAUUUUGAGCAUCAUAUUGGCGACUGGUUUCCCGGUAUCAGCGAAAACAUCCGGCAGAGGCUCGCUCGAGCAAUGCUUCUCAGACGAAAAAGAAUCUUGUACCGGAGACAUCGCCAGGGCAACACUUCUAUCCGUUCUGAAAACACGAUUUCUCAAACUUCUGUCACGUUACCUGAUGCUCAGCCAGGAGCAGGGUCCUCUUUACAAACCACGUCGAAGAAAAAGGACGCAAAGGCCGCUAUCAGCCGGCCAGCAUCCAAAGUGGCACCUUCACAAGUCAAAAGCGCCACUACCUUGGCUCCGGAGAAGUUCAAAAUGGUUUCCUCAAGUCCGUCGGUCGUCUCAGCAAGCAGGACAAUCGCGUCGGGCAAACAUCAGGUCUUGACCUAUCCGCCCGCGCCUGGCUUCGCUGCCAAGCAAAGGUAUGAGAAGCUCAAAAGCCAACGAAUAGUUGAGGCAGCGGAAACAAGCACGGAGCCGGGUCUCCGAGAGCUGCUAGAGUCGGACCUUCAAGCAAUAGGAGAGAUCACCUGCCCGUAUUGCCUAUAUGCUCUUCCAGCUGCCGAAGUCUUUGACGAGAGAAAGUGGCAAAACCAUGUCAAGAAUGACCUAGACCCCUACGUCUGUCUGUUCGAGGAUUGUGAUCAGCCCGACGUUCUGUAUACUCACAGCGAUGAAUGGCUUGGCCAUUUGCACCAACACGGCAAGGUUUGGCGCUGCCCUUCGCACCGCGAGAUGGGUCCUUUUUCUACACUUGAGGAGUACACGCGGCACAUGCGGGAGGUUCACGAUACCAAGCUCAGCGAUAGACAGCUUCGUGUGGUGGCAAACAGAAACAGCCGCAAGGCAACUAAGCUGUUUCAAUCAUGCCCACUGUGUGGGAGAGAAGAGUCCGAAGUCGAGGGCCGUCUCGAAGACCACCUCGCCGGGCACCUGCGAUCCCUUGCCCUGAAGUCACUCCCAAGCUAUCAAGACGAGAUCCCAGACGAUGUUGAAGAUGGGAACAACAGCAUUGACGGGUCGCGGCCACGAAGCAGAAGCACCAUCAGAGAGAUGGAGGAAGAAAAGGAGAUACUUCAAGAUGGAGCAGGGAGCUUCUGGGACCACUGGACUCCUCAGCUGGCUCAAGAUGUUUCAGUCAACUUUCUGGGAGAUGUUUACUUGGAACUGGAUCUCGAGGACAUGGAUGUCCGCGUUGCCAGUCUGUUCUUCGAUACCAUGGUCUUCAAAGAGUCGUCCCAGAAUCUUGAUGAUGACCCAAUUCUUCAGUCAUUGCUGCGACAGCAGUUGAUACGAGUCGAUAUUCUCGAUCCUACAACAGAGUACAGCUCGGAUCCUUCAGUGGAAGAAGAGGAGGCCACUUCGUCGAAAGCUCCCGUGGGUGAGACAUCUGGGCAGGCCGAGGUUGACGAUGCGAUCUCACAACAGCCUGUCAAUGUUGAACCUUCGCAUGCCCAGACAACUACUUCUGGGCAGGAUACCGAAGUAGAAAUCCCGAAGAGAGACCAGAUCACUGAAACACUAAUUAGACAGAUGACACAAACUCCCCCGCCGACGGAGUUUGAGAUCCUAGCGGACCCGGAGAGCGUCAAUUUAUCAAACCCUCCCAUGGACGAGACGUCUAGGCAGGAUGAAGUUGAUACCCCAGGCGCACAGGAUUCCGCCGAUGCUGAAGCUGCUCAUUUCCAACCAGAACCUGUUGGAAAACAUGCCGACGUGAUCUUUCCAGAGGGAAGCAAGGAUCCAGAGCCUGAACCGACGGCACAGUCUCGCCCAGGCUCGGAACCAGAUCUUCUAGCGCUCCUAGAGCAGGCCGAGCUCUCUCCAGGUUUUAAAGAAGAGGCAACCAGGCUAGCGAAGGAGGGGAAGGAAGUUAUGCAACGGUACAUCGAUGCUAGAGGCGCUGAUGCCGAAGCAGUCGCUACUGUGCAGACGGUAGACGGUGUGGAUGAAGGCGACGUUGUGAACGAGGAAAAUACGGAGGAACGUGUCGUCGUCGUCUACGAAACUGUUGGGUUUCUGGACAAGGUCAAGCGCAGCCGACUAAUAGUAGCCAAGGACCGCUUUCGAGACAAGCCAGAGGUUUACGAGGAGUUCAUUGACAUUCUCAAAACCUUCAAGUUCGAGCGGACACCUGUUCAGGACGUUGAGGCUCAAAUUAGCGCACUCUUUGAGCCCACUCCCGAUCUCUGGGAAGAGUUCAAACCGUUUUUGCCAAAGCCCGCCCCCAGUACGGAGCCUGACAGCCAGACGAAACAGGAUGCCCGACCGCAGAAGAAGGAGAUAACAUGUCCAAACGUUGUUAUGCACGGUCACUGUCCCGACAAAGAUCAACGCUGUGAAUUCAACCACGAUGAUGACACAGACUCUGUCAGUCAAACAACUCAGCCGCCGGGUGCGCCAUUGAUUGGUUCCAUGUCUCCAGACGAGAACGAUGAUCCCCCCGAUCUCGAGAGGAAACGGGAGUCGGGCGUCUAUGUCGAUGAGGAAAAGGUGAUGGAUCUCAAACGUCGGGAGCGCCCACUCACAAAACACCAAUCUUCAUCAUCCCCCCUUAGAAAAGUACCAGGUGGCUCCUCAUCCAGUCAAAUACCUCCGAGGCCAGGUGUGGCUUCUGCACACCAAGAAUCUGCAGCCUCAGCGCCUCAGGCUUGGAAUCCAGUUUUACCCCGUGAAUGGGCAAGUAUUCCCGGGGCUCAGGAGGACGACCUGAGCGAUGGCAACUACCACCCGUAUCCCCUUCCUCAAAGUGCUCCAUUUAAACCGCCGCCGCCUCCUUCACAGCCUUACCCCGAUGAUGCCUUCGAGGCCGACGUUGAAGAUGAUAUACCACGCCCUAAGAACCCUCGACGGAAGACCCGCCCCGGUGUCCACUACAACGGGCAAUACUUUGAGAGUAGUAGAUUCCGGGACUUCAGCCGCGAAAAUUCCCCAGUGGCAUCUCGACAUGAGCGUAUUGUCAUAGUCGACAGCCCGCCCACUCCUCGCACUGCACCCAACGCCUUAGGUCGUCGACCAGUGAUAGUUGACGAGCGCCCUCGCCCUCGCGUCGAGAUCGAAAUUGUUGACGGUUCCCAACCGAGACGUCGCCGAUAUGCCUCUGAUAUUCCCAGCUCUACCCGCAGCUUGAACGAGGAGUCAACCCAUCCCCGGCAUGCAUCCGAGGCCCCUCGCUCUGUCCGUAGCUUGAAUGACGAGUAUGCAGAGCGAGAGAAGCGACGGCAAAGACGACGGGAGAGCAAGCGACAGGAAGAGGCAGACGAACGACUUCGGGCUCGCAUUAACAAGGCAAACGCUGAGAUCAGCGGUCGUCCACCGGUUCCUGUUGAGCCCCUACGCCGUUCUUCCUACCGGCGGCCAGCCGUCCAGGUCCUCGAUCCUGAGACAGAUCCUCCCGAUUAUAUACGAUGGGGGGACAUUGAGCGCGAAGAAGAGGCUCCCCGGCGGGCUGCGAAGGAAGAAGGACAAGAAAACAGGCCCUCGGUCGGAGAAUUCGAUCGCGAGGAAGAGCUUAUUAAGGCCGUACUAAGACUCGAAUCCGAGCAAAAGCGCUACAAAGAGGAGGCUCGCCGACUAUCUCAGAAGGAAGAGGGGAAGGGGAAGGAAAAUGAGGGGGAGGGAAAGCAGCCCGAAGUCAGGUUUCCCAAUCGUGAAGCCGAGCUUAAGGAAGCCCUGCGGCAGCUAAAGUCGGAGCAGGACCGUCUUGACGAGAAGGCUCGCCGGCAGGCUCGAAAGGAGGAGAGGGAUGAGAGGGAGGAGGACGAAAUCCAGCGAAGGCGUCUGAUGGAGCGAAUGAUGCCAAGGGACCGCUCUUCUGCUGGCACUGGUAGUCGGCGGCAUCGGGUACUCUAUGACGAGGGUACCUAUCGAUACGAAUAG